AUGGAAAAGACGUACGAAACUCGUGAGAUGUGGUCCCAUUGUUUCCUCCGAGAUAAGUUUUUCGGUUACAUAAGGACAACAUCACAGUGUGAAGGUACAAAUUCUCUCAUCAGAUUUUAUGUUAAUCGCAAGAACACCCUCAUUGACUUCAUGCAUAACCUGGAUAGGGCCUUAAAGGAGUAUAAAAACAACGAAUUAAUAGCUGACUUUAAGUCUCAGUGCUCAGAGCCAGUGAUGAUUACCUCGUUGGAGGUAUAUGAAAGAUAUGCAUCAUGUUAUUUCACGCAAAACAUUUUCAAGAAAAUUCGUAAUGAGAUUCAGAGGGCAGGGGCUUUGAAUAUAACGGUACUAAGCACAACCUUGGACAAGGUAGAGUUCAGUGUGACUGCUCUCGGAGACCCGGCCAAAGAUCGACGGAUGGAAGUUGAUAGAGGUAAGAAUCUGUUCUCGUGCUCGUGCAAGCUGUUUGAAUCACGUGGUAUUCUCUGUAGUCAUAUCUUCUGUGCCAUGAAGUUCGAAAACAUACUUGAGUUUCCAGAUUCGUUGAUAUACAAAAGGUGGACAAAGAAUGCAAAGAACGAAUUUAUUAGCACAGAAAUGCCUGUGAAUGAUGACAUCGAAAGGGUCUUAAAGUUUCGAGUUGGAGCAUUGGCAUCGAAUUGCAACAAGCUGUGUGAUAUUGCUUGCAAGGAUCUUGCAGACUUUGAUGAAGUCCAGUCUGAACUUGUCAAUUUAGUUAUCCGCCUGCAGUCCCGCAAACAAGGCAAGUCAACUCCUAAUGUUAACGUGGAAGGCAUCAACGAUCCCUUUGUUGUCAAAAGUAAAGGAGCCCCUUCCAAGAGGUCUUCUUGGAGGAAGAAGAGAGCAUGCUCUAAUUGCCACAAGUACGGUCAUUACUACAAGCACUGUCCAGAUCUGAUGCAGCAUAGUGUGGAUGGUAACCCUCGCGAUCAAUCAUAUGGCAAUGCAUCGGCCAAGGACUCAGGUUUUAGUCCAGAAAGGUUUGCUAAUUCUUCGAGGUCGUUCUCAAUUAAGUCCGAACACCACUCAGGACCUAAUACCAAGGUACGAUUUGUUUAUUCUAAAUAG